AUGGAGAGCGUGGGAGCCGUGGAGGCCAUUCUCGCGAGCGCGGCGACGACAAUCGCCCUCGUGCACAACGGCAUAGCCACCAACAAGCUCGGCCGGGCCAGGACGAAGAACCUCAUGGGCCAGGUCGCGGAUCGCGCCCCCGUCGACGGCCGCCUCAUCGACCAGGCCAGGAAGGACCGGCGGACCGAGCAGUAUGCGUACUACCUACUCAGCGAGUAUGCCCGGCUGCUGGAGUGGCUCGCGGACCAGCACUUCAGCGUGCCGGCCGCCUCGGUCAAAUGGUACGACCCGCGGCACGUCGUCGUCAGCCCGUACCGCGUGCCCUUUUGCUUUGCGUACAAGCGGUCCCGCGAGCUCAGGGAGCUGGUGGACAGCACCAAGGAGCUGGCCGGCAAGCUGGUUGCGGAGAAUAUCCAAGCGGCUGUGCAGGCGUUGCCCACUCCGCUGUCGGGCGGCCCGCUGCUGAAAGAAGAUUUCACUGCGCUGGAGCGCCGGACAGAGGCAGCGAGGCUGAGGGUCAAGAAUGGUACUUGA